AUGAUUUUGGGUUCAACCAUAAUUUUAAUUUUAUUAGGUUCUAUUUUAGCAUCAUAAACGAUAUUAAACAAAUUUUAAGAUUGGAAAACUUAAUUUAACAAAAAUUAUUAAUCUAAAUAUGAAGAAAUAUAUAGAUUUUAAGUAUAUAAUGAAAAUUUUGAAAUUAUUCAAAAACAUAAUUCUAAUAAUGAAUACUCCUAUACUUUAGGAGAAAACUAGUUUAUGGAUCUGACUAAUGAAGAAUUCUUAGAAAUAUAUGCUUCUAAAAAUUAUAUGGAAGAAAUUUCUGAUUCAAAAAUAAAUUCUGAUAUAAUACUUACAAAUUAUACAGGAAAAAAAGUGAAUCUUUAUGAUUGGAGUGAUUAUUGUAUGUGGCCAAAGGAUUAAGGUAACUGUGGAGCAGGUUGGGCAUUUGCAACAGCUGAAAUUAUGGAAUGUUAUUUAAUUAUCUAAUCUGGAUCAGCAUAUUAUAGAAAAUUGUCUCAAUAAUAAUUUAUAGAUUGUGUAGAUAGGAAUUAUGGUUGUGAAACAAGAUCAAUGGAUGAUAUAGUUAAUGCACUUGAAUAUGCAAAUGAAGUACAUAUUUCUGAAUUAGAUUACUAUCCUUAAACUGGAAAAUAAGAUAUAUGUAAAGGAACAAGAGGAUUACAAACAUUUACAAUUACUUAAUUUGAAACUAUUUAAAAUGACAAAUUUACCUUAGUGGAGUCUCUUAUCUAUGGACCUAUUGUAGCAGGUUUUGAUAUUAGUGGAUGGCAAUUCUACAAGGAUGGAACAUAUGAUUGCUUUUUAGAUAAGAAACCAAAUCACCAUGCUAUUAUUGUUAAGGCACUUGCUUUUCAUGAUAAGGAAGACAAAGAUUACAUAGAAAUCUAAAAUUCUUGGGGAUCUAAUUGGGGUAGGAGUGGAUCAAUUAAAUAUAGUUUAAAAUAUAAUUGUAAUGUCUAUGAUAGACCAAUAUAUAGAUCUUUUAAAGUAUAAGUGCAUUGA